GAUGAUCUGUGUAGCCCCAGCAGCGCCACCUGUCAGUGUCCAUCAGUGCCAGCUGUCAGUGCUCAUCCAUGCCACCUGCCAGUGCCAUAUAUCAGUGCCCAUCUGAGCUGCCUUUCAGAGUCACCCAUCAGUGCCAGUCAGCCACCUGCCACCUGUCAGUGCUGCCAAUCAGUGCCACCUAACAGUGCCAGUCAGUGCCGCCUAUCAGUGCCAUAUAUGAGUGCUGCCUUUCAGUGCCCAUCAGUGAUGCCUGUCAAUGCCCAUCAGUGCCACAUAUCAGUGCCCAUCUGAGCUGCCUUUCAGAGUCACCCAUCAGUGCCAGUCAUGCCAGUCAGUGCCGCCUAUCAGUGUGCAUCAGUGCCGCCUAACAGUGCCAGUCAGUGCCGCCUAUCAGUGCCAUAUGAGUGCUGCCUUUCAGUGCCCGUCAGUGAUGCCUGUCAAUGCCCAUCAGUGCCACCUUCCAGCGCCUCCUCAUCAGUG